AUGUCGCAGCGACCCUUCAACAUGAAGAACGCGAAGCAGAAGCUCACCAGGAAUCUCAAUAUUCUCGACGGCUUGCUGCACGAAGCUCGAGAGUUCGAGCAGCCAUGGACAUUCCCAACUCACGCGCAAGAGUUGGAGCUUUUUCUCAUUUCAAGAGGAAUGAUGGUCAAGAAUCUAAUGUCCAAAUUACAACAACGAAGAGAUGAGAUUUGCGACUUUCACGCGGAAUGCAAUCAAUCCAUCAAUGAUCUUGAACAAAAACUCAAAGGUGACAUAGAAGAACAAUUCGAUAACUACUGGUCCGAGAAACAGGGAGAGGACCUGCUCCACCAAGCUGAAGAACUAGAGCGCAAACUAGAAAGGCGACUACUGGAACUACAAUGUCAAGAAAUAAGCUUCAGACAAGAAUUCAAUAGAGAUCAAGGAGUCAACUCAAAUCAAUUCCAUCCUUCGACUACUUCGUUUCAACAAUUGAAUCCGGCGAACACUUGGACGUUGGAACGACGACUCAUAGGAAACGAACUCAAGGUACCAAAUUUCUAUGGUGACCCCUCGGAAUUCGACUCCUUUUGGGAAUUAUUCCAAGAACUGGCCAUCAUAGCCACCCUAGAAAAACAGGGUGAAACAAUCAACACAACCAAUAUGCGAACCAUGGUCCUCGACACAUUCUCGAAAAAUGUUCAGGACGAAAUGGCUAGAAAAGAAUUUGAUUCCGGUAAUCUAUGGAGUAUGACAGAUCUCCUAAACAACUUAGCAAUCGCAAUAAGGCGUAGAGAACACGUCGAUGUGAUGAGAGAUGUAUAUCAAGAAGAGCGCUCAAUUUUCCACACAAGCACAACUGCUGAUACCAAGAUAAGCUGCACGGGUUGCGGCCAACAACAUAAAUUCCAGUACUGUAACAAGUACCCAACAGUUGUGGAUAAGAUAAGGCGCUUACGGGAACUCAGCGCAUGUUGGAAGUGUUUUAGCCCUAAACACCAAACAGAAUUCUGUAAAAGACAGAACUGCACCGUUUGCGGAGGUUCCCACAGUUCAAUCAUCUGUCGUCAAGAUCAACGACACCGAAACCAAUGGCACACUAAUGUCCCUCGACAAAGGUACAGGGUACCAUUCCAAGUACAACACAAUUACCGAUCCAAUUAUCCACGACGACGAAGUAAAACUCCAAGAGGAACAUUCAAAAGUAGAAGCCAUUCGCCUAACCAGCAUUUUCAUAGAAGUAGAAGUUUCAAUUCACAUCGACCUGAACAGUCCCCACAACGCUCAUCAUCCCGGUCAACAUGUAAGCCGUCAAUCAAUAGAGGCACAGUCAGGAGCUCCCCUUCACCUGGGAGAACACCUGAGCGUCAAGUCCGAUUCGGUCAAUCACCCAAGCCAAGAAGGAGGUCUGUUGAAAACAUUACCGUUAACCUACAAGUUCAAGACAGCCAACCUGCAGAAGUCACUGAUGAAUUCACUACCAAUUUCGUGAACAGCAACAACGUACGUCUAAUGGUUGUUCCUGUGCAAUUACAAUCCCCACAAGGGCAAAACAAUGAAACAGUAUUAGCGCUGCUGGAUUCUGCUUCUGACCAAUCAUUUAUAUCAACAUCGCUUGUGAGAAAAAUGAAUCUCAAAACUCAAAAAGAUACCACCAUCGUGGUGAAUACAUUUGGAGGAAGAGCUGAGAAAAAACGAGUACAACGAGUGAUUACCUCCCUAUACAACUCAGAUGGGGAUCACAUCAAGGUUGAACUGCUAACAAGCGAUCACAUAACAGCCCCUCUUCAGAUGGGGUCGAUACAUCCUCAAGACAGCUCCUUCAUUCAAGAACAUUCCGACGUAGAGUCGCAGCGCAUCGUACAGAUGAUCAGCGACAGAGUAGUACCUGAAAUACUUAUUGGGAUGGACUACUUCAACUCCAUACUGAAAUUGAACCAACCGACCAUACGCCUUCCUUCGGGACUUUUCCUCACGCCGACAUUCUUCGGACCGGUUAUAUCAGGAGCUCCUCACUAUGACGAUGCGCAAUCUGAAAAGGACACUAUCAGCAAGAGGCUUGUACACACAUACACAGCAAUUGAUUCAAAUGACAAAAAUAUGGACAUAUCCGAAUUGUGGAAACUCAACACCAUUGGGAUUGAAGACAUGAGUACUGAUGAGGAAAUCAAUAAUCAAAUCAUCGCAGACUUUUACUCAAGUGUGCAAAUCAAAGACAAUAAGAUAUUCAAACAACUCAAUGACAACCUCUACGUUGAUAAUGUUCUGCUUACCGAUGACUCUACACAGGCUCUCAUCAAAAAAUACCAACUAAGCAAACAAGUUUUCAAUAACAUGAGUAUGAACCUUCGCCAAUUCAUCACAAACGACAUUGUCUGCAAUAAGUCGAUAGCUCCCAAAGAUCUAUCAACCAGCAAAACAGUAAAAAUUUUAGGAGUACCAUGGGACCAUCAAGAAGAUUCAUUUUCAAUCAGAUGCAAGCUCCAGUACUCAUCACCAUUAACGAAACGCAGAGUAUUACAAGCAACACACUCAACCUUUGACCCUUUAGGUUUGCUUAUACCUUUGUUAUUACCUGCCAAACUCUUCCUUCAAAACUUGUGGAAACUCAAUUACAAAUGGGACGAAACAUUGCCCCUUGUUCUCCAUAGAGAAUUUCAAUCAAUCUGUGAACAAGCGGCGGAAUUCGAAGCGUCGGUCCCCCGCGCUCUCGCGAGCCUUGCAGCGAGUAAGCGGUAUGAGAUUGUCACAUUCGUCGAUGCGUCAAUACGAUCGUUCGCUGCUGCAUGCUACUUGCGCACGAUCGAUGAGGACGGGACAAUCAGAAGCAGCCUGCUGAUGGCGAGACAGCGGCUUGGCACCGAUCAAUAA